AACUCAUCCAAAUCGGCACGAGUACUCUCGAUCUUUCGAACAUUCAUUCCGCCAGCCAACAACCGCCAAAAUGGGUCGCGUCCGUACCAAGACAGUCAAGCGCUCUGCUAAGGUCAUCAUCGAGCGUUACUACCCCAAGUUGACCCUCGACUUCGAGACCAACAAGCGUAUCUGUGAUGAGAUCGCCAUCAUUGCCUCCAAGCGUCUUCGCAACAAGAUCGCUGGUUACACUACCCACCUGAUGAAGCGCAUCCAGCGUGGUCCCGUCCGCGGUAUCUCCUUCAAGCUUCAGGAGGAGGAGCGUGAGCGCAAGGAUCAGUACGUUCCUGAGGUCUCCGCUCUCGAUGUCUCCCAGACCGAGUCUGGUCAGCUCGACGUUGACGCCGACACCAAGGACCUUCUCAAGUCCCUUGGCUUCGACAACCUCAAGGUCAACGUUGUUGCCGUCAGCCAGCAGCAGCAGGCCGAGCGCCCCCGUCGUUUCGGUCCCCGCUAAAUCCAGCGCCCGGAAUAACGAAAACAAAAGUUCAUACCUGGCCUUCGGUCGACCCUUGGCGGUACCCAAUUGUCUGUUCUGGCUGGCUUUUCGCCCAGCUAGCAUGGUUUAGCUAGUGUGGAAGGCUAUUCCUGGAUGAGGAAUGAAUAAACAUGAUUCUCUUUGAGAAAGGUGUCGCUGAUUCUCCGAAAGGAGAUGACGCUUGAUUGCCAUUUUUUUCCCUCUCGUGUCUACC